AUGGGCCGGGUUAUGCGGCAACGGAUCGUCGUCGAGAUUCCGAAUUUUUGUUCGACUUCCUUUCGUGUUCUGUUGCUAACCGGCGGUUCUAGUGCGUACCUUUUCUUCUCGGUGCCUUUUUCGUCGGCGGAGAGUGAUUUAUUGCUUUCUGCGCGUUUUGGUUCUUUGAUCAGCAUCAUGAAAACUGCUGAGGCAUCAUUGUUCAGUUUGUUGUGCAAACAUAAGGAUGAAGAUUCUUCAUCCGAUGAUGAGUCAGAGGAUCUUGGUGAUGUUCUUGACAGUGAGGUGAAAACUUACCUGAACACUAAGGAGGAGACACAUUAUAAAAAGAUUAUUUGGGAGCAAAUGAACAAAGACUAUCUUCAGGAACAAGCAGCUAAGAAAGAAGGCCAUGAUGUUGUUGGAGCUGCGGCCAUUGUCAAAAAGUCAAAGAAGAGGCAAAGGAUAACAGAAGCUCCAAUAAACAAACCCGCUCAAGCCGAAACAGACACAACACGCGAAAUUCUAACUAAGAAGAGGCUCAGUUCAAAAUUCAACUUUGACGUGUUGGACAAACUCUUCACCGACACGCCUGCCCCUGACUCAAGCAAAAAGCAGGAAGCCUCGAGUUUCGAAGAGAAUAGUUUAUCCACACAAAACCACUCUACGAAUCAGCUUGAAGAAGACCUCGAAGGCAAUAAUCAUGUCGAUACGAUAUCUGAAGAGAACGCCAUCGACUUUGAAGAUGAAGAUCCCCCAGAAGCUUAUGGUAACGAGUAUUAUGAUUACGAAAACGAAGAAGAGUACGGUUAUGGAUACGGUGACUAUGGUGGUGAAGAGGAAGAUUAGUUGAUCAGUUCUUAUACAGAAAGCUUCUUCUUCAUUGGGCAAACUGCAUGAGCGAAGAAAGGCAACAUUUUUGGUCCAAAUCUAACAAUUAUUGUCGUAUUAUUGUUCAUUUCAAAGAUAGGGCAGGUUAUUUGUUCCUUUUCCCCAAUAGCUUUAUAUUGUAUUUAUUACCUUUUUAUGGCCCAUUAUUUAUUUAUUUAUUUUGUCUUGUUAAGCUCUAA